AUGGCAACCAAGAUUCUCCUUCUUGUUGUUCUUAUUAUCACGAGUGUUCUUGCUUACGCUACAAACGCGAGGAGCCUAAGUGCAACAAAGGCGAAAGCAACAGCUGAUGAGCAGAAUGAAUAUUUCCAGCUGCACGGUCCUUUAUCGCCUUUUUUUGGGAGUUUUGGUGGUCUUAGAGGUGGAAUUAGGCCUCCAUUUGGUUUAGGAACCGGCAUUGGUGGAUUUGGUGGUGGCAUUGGAGGUGCUUUUGGAAGUGGUUUUGGUCCUUUCGCCGGAAGUGGUGGAACAAGUAGUGCUGGAGCUGGAACUGGUUCUAGGAUUAAUGAAGGCUUUGAAGAUAAUGGUGGCAAUAAUCCUAAUGAUAAUAUUGAUGCAGGUGACCUAGGUGAAGGAGGUGAUGCAGCAAUUAAAAAUGACAUGCAUCCUUGA